AUUGAUGUCAUGUCAUCACGAAUUUGUGUUGUGUUUUUCAAUCAAACAUUAUUAUUUUCACCAAUAAAUAAGUAAUUUUAACAAAUAUUAUGUAAAUUCUUUUGUAAAUAGAGCCUUAAUCAACGCUACUUGUUUAGUAAUACUCGUGCCUCGUUUACAUAAUACAUGGGUUCUUUUAAUCAUGUCUUCUGUUAUCGUCGGACCAUGUCUACAAACCAUAUCGAAAUCAGCCAAAUGCUUAUUAGCUGUUGAAGAGAGCACACUAGAAAAUUGUUUGUACCAUUUUCUAUCGCCGGUGCACAUUUCUAUGCAAAAGUCGAUAUGCGUGGUUAAACAUAAGUCGGUUUCGUUUUAAUUAUUUAGUUACCCUCGUUUAUUGGACUGUUGGUGUUGAGGCUUGGACAGAAAACAAUCAAAAUGUUUAGUGAAUCGUAUAGGAAUCGCCUGCUGCAGACUUGCAGUCCUGUGAGCCGGAAACAGUCUGUGAUUGUUCAGCCAGAGUGUAUGGACAGAUUUGUGCCUUGCAGAUUGGGGAACAACUGGCAAACCAGCUAUCAAGCAAUACGCCGCGGCACAGAAAACCAGCCAGCUAAGAAGGCUCGCGGAGACGGCACGGGCACAGAUGGCACAAGCGGCGGUCGGGACCACCUCGCGUACGCUUGUCUUCUCAGGAAUGAGCUCCUCGGAGCCCAGAUCGAGGAAUUGAGAGGCCCGCCGACGAAUUGCGCCGAUGGGAACAGAGCGGCGAUAGGAGCGGUGCAGCAAGCGUCCGCGGCGAAAGCUGCGUUGGCGUAUAGUCCUUCGGUGUUCAAGUUUAGAGCGCCGGGCAGUAAUGCCGAGGAGAACAUAGACCCGUCGCCAUACAGCCUAUCGCCCGUCUCCGCCAAAUCGCAAAAGCUGCUGCGUUCCCCCCGCAAGGCGACUAGGAAGAUAUCGCGGAUCCCAUUCAAGGUUCUUGAUGCGCCGGAGUUGCAGGACGACUUCUACUUGAACCUGGUGGACUGGUCCGCGCAGAAUGUGCUCAGCGUGGGCCUCGGGAGCUGCGUGUACUUGUGGAGCGCUUGUACUAGCCAGGUUACCCGACUCUGCGACCUGUCUUCAGAAGGCAACACAGUCACUUCCGUGGCAUGGAGUGAGAGAGGUCACCACGUGGCUGUCGGCACGCAGAAGGGACACAUUAGCGUGUGGGACGUCACUGUUAACAAGGAGGUGACGAAGCUCCAAGGCCACAUAGCGCGGGUGGGCGCUCUGGCGUGGAACGGCGACAUACUCAGUUCCGGCUCACGGGACCGACACAUACGGCAGCGGGACACUAGGUGUCCACCUCAACAAUCAGGUCGCGUGCUACAAGGGCACAGACAAGAAGUUUGCGGUCUCAAGUGGUCACCAGACGGUCAGUCGCUGGCGUCGGGAGGCAACGACAAUAAAUUAUUCGUUUGGUCUAUGCACUCGACGUCGCCCGUGCAGACGUACUCGGCGCACGUGGCCGCGGUGAAGGCGAUCGCGUGGUCGCCGCACCAGCACGGGCUGCUGGCGUCGGGCGGCGGCACGGCCGACCGCUGCAUACGCUUCUGGAACACCCUCACUUCGCAGCCGAUGCAGUGUGUCGACACGGGAUCUCAAGUGUGCAAUCUGGCAUGGUCGAAGCAUUCCAGCGAGCUGGUUUCCACACACGGCUAUUCUCAGAAUCAGAUCUUAGUAUGGAAAUAUCCUUCGUUGACUCAAGUGGCGAAACUAACAGGUCACUCGUACAGAGUGCUGUACCUGGCGCUGUCGCCGGACGGCGAGGCGAUCGUGACGGGCGCCGGCGACGAGACGCUGCGCUUCUGGAACGUGUUCUCCAAGACGCCCUCCCACAGGGAGAACAAGAGUGUUCUCAACCUCUACACUGCGCUCAGAUAAACUAUACUGAACAGUGAUAGUGAUAGUGAUAAUGUUAUACCGUUGUUUUGGUAUUUGUUUAUAUGUGCAUGACGUGUCUUUUUGUUCUGUGGCUUUAGCACGAGUUUUUGCGAGUUAUUGUGUCGCUGUCGUCAAAAAUUAUGUGGAGAAUUGCAUGUGAAAGGUGCUAUUAAUUUUCCACAUAAAUUUUGACCGUAUUAUACUCAUAUAAACUCGUGUUAAGCCACUAGGACACUAGUGUCCCAAAGAUAUGUGUCAAUAAAAUACAAGGUUAUUAAAUAAUGUCAUUGUUUCACAUAUUUUUCAAGUACCUAAACAAGGUGUAAGUGGUGACAUGAAAGUGAUGACUUUAUCUAUAUUUCUAGUUAUUUAUUGGUUCCUUAAAAUGUGCCCCAUCAGAUUUUAGUUUAUUUAUGAUCCCAUAUUGGGAUAUACGGAAUAGUUUAUAUUAUGAUCAUUUGAAUGUAUAAAUAACGCUUGUUUUCUACUGUUUCAUUGUUAGUCGUGGUGACAGAGUAGAAAACUAAAGUUUUAUAAAAUAAUGUGUCUCUUUGCUGGUAUAAUUUUUGAUAUUUUACUUCACGUUUUGACAGCUCCUUGGAAUUAGGGAACUGGCAAGAUGUGACAUAUUGUUGGACAAGUAACUAUAUAUAAACUUGUAAAAUUCGGCGAUUGUGAAAAUAUAAAACAUAAGGAAAAAUAGGAUCAUCAAACAUAAUAUUUUUUUGGAAUAUUGCAAAAAAUGAUUUAUUAUUUAGUCACCCUGAUAUUUAUAUAAAAGCACAUAUAAACACAAAUAAUACAAUUUCAGAGUGUGCUUUUAAUCUGAAGAAUAUUUGGUUUUUAUAUUUAUUUUCUAACUAAAGUAACAUGUCUAAGAGUCACAUUAUUUACAGACCUUUCUGUAAUAUGUUUUCAUACACACUGUAUGUAUUUUUCUAAAACAUGUACAUAAGUUUGUGUAUAAAUUUACGUUGUAUAUAUAAGAAUUUAAUAAUAGUUUGUUUGACGUUUGGAAAGCACUUUAGUUUUGAUGAUAUUUUCCAUUUUGAAAUUAAUUUUCAUACGUCAGACCAUGUUGAUUAACUAAAACAUUUUUUUUUGUAUAAUUAAUAUAGUUUUUUUUUAUGUUUCAGCAAUAUUAGUGUAACUAAUCUCAGCUGAGAGGAAUAUUUUUGUUUUUAUUUUUCUCAAAUGUUUUUAAAGUGACACUAGUCAGUUCCGGAUUCAGUAGUUUUGGUAGAUUAUUUUCUA